UAUAAUGGGAAAUCAGGCCUGGCCAACUCUUCAUCUCACGGCUGCUUGCCUUCCUCCCAGCACAUUCCUGCACUCUGCCCGUGUCCACACUGCCCUGCAGAUCUGGAACCCCAGCCCACCACGGCCUCCAUGUAAGCCCCUCAGGCUAGGUCUUGCCACCGUGCGGGCAGGUGGCCCCAGGCUGGGAGCGAAGGGCUCCCUUACAGGGCACACAGCCCUGAGAUCUCAGAGGGCCACCCCUCGAGGGUGGCCAGGCCCCCAGCGGCCCACCCGAGUAUCACCUCUGCCCCCAGCCCUUCUGGCCUCUGGUCCCACUGCCCCCCCAGAUGCCUGGCUGAGACCCAGCGGUGGCCCGCGCUGCCCACGCCUCCUCCUGGCCCUCAAGGUUGGCUCCACGGUGGACGGCUCCCUGGGCACCAGGCAGACGACGGACACAGCCACCAGCCCAAGCAACGGCGGCAUGGGCAGCGCCAGCCCGGGCCUGAGCAGCGUGGCCCCCGGCCGCCUCCUGCUGCCCCCCGACGCUGUGUUGCGCACAGGCGUGGAAAAGGCGGCCGCGGGGGCGGUGGGGCCCGAGAGACGGGACUGGAGCCCCAGCCCGCCUGCCACGCCUGACCAGGGCCUGUCUGCCUUCUACCUCUCCUACUUUGACAUGCUGUACCCUGAGGAUGGCAACUGGGCCACCAAGGGCCCCGGGGCCAGCUCUCGGGAGGAGCCACCUGAGGAGCCCGAGCAGUGCCCUGUCAUCGACAGCCAAGCCCCCGGGGGCAGCCUGGACUUGGCACCGGGGAGUCUGACCCUGGAGGAGCACUCGCUGGAGCAGGUGCAGUCCAUGGUGGUGGGCGAGGUGCUUAAGGACAUUGAGACAGCCUGUAAGCUGCUCAACAUCACUGCAGACCCCGUGGACUGGAGCCCUGGCAACGUGCAGAAGUGGCUCCUGUGGACAGAGCACCAGUACCGGCUGCCCCCCGUGGGCAAGGCCUUCCAGGAGCUGGGGGGCAAGGAGCUGUGCGCCAUGUCGGAGGAGCAGUUCCGCCAGCGCUCACCUCUGGGUGGGGACGUGCUGCACGCCCACCUGGACAUCUGGAAAUCAGCGGCCUGGAUGAAAGAGAGGACUUCUCCUGGGGCGAUCCACUACUGCGCUUCCACCAGCGAGGACAGCUGGACCGACAGCGAGGUGGACUCCUCCUGCUCCGGGCAGCCCAUCCACCUGUGGCAGUUCCUCAAGGAGCUGCUGCUCAAGCCCCACAGCUACGGCCGCUUCAUCCGGUGGCUCAACAAGGAGAAGGGCAUCUUCAAAAUUGAGGACUCCGCUCAGGUGGCCCGGCUGUGGGGCAUCCGCAAGAACCGGCCGGCCAUGAACUACGACAAGCUGAGCCGUUCUAUCCGCCAGUAUUACAAGAAGGGCAUCAUCCGGAAGCCAGACAUCUCCCAACGCCUCGUCUACCAGUUCGUGCACCCCAUCUGAGGG